UACACCUUCUAUUUUUUGAUAUUGUCUACCUGGAAUCCUACAAGAGAGGGAAAAAUGGGAAGAGCCCCGUGCUGUUCCAAGGUGGGUUUGCACAGAGGUCCUUGGGCAGCCAGAGAAGACACAUUGCUGAUUAAUUAUAUCAAGGCUCAUGGUGAAGGUCAUUGGAGAUCUUUGCCUAAAAGGGCUGGGCUACUUAGGUGUGGGAAGAGCUGUAGACUACGAUGGAUGAACUAUCUGCGGCCUGAUAUCAAGCGUGGAAACAUUACUCCUGAUGAGGAUGAUCUCAUUAUCAGGCUUCAUUCUCUUCUGGGCAAUCGUUGGUCUCUCAUUGCUAAAAGACUUCCAGGCAGGACAGACAAUGAAAUAAAGAACUAUUGGAAUUCUCAUCUGGGCAAAAGAGUCAAAAAAUCCGAAACCAAGUCAAACACCUCUAAAAAAGCAUCAAGCAUGAGUCGUAAAGCCAAGAAAACUACUGAAAAGGAGCAAAAAAAUAAGGACAAAAAGGAGAGUAGUGCAAGAAAAGAGACUACUACGGCGACGACCAAAGUACAUCAGCCAAAAGCCGGCAGGGUUUCACCAUUUUCGGUAAUAACGAGGAGCAGCAGUUUCGACAGUAUAAGUGGGUCAUCUAGCAGCGGAGAAGGGAGCAAACUAGGAACCGAAGUUCUUUAUUUUCCUCCUUAUUGGGCUGAAAUUGCAGGUGCUACUAAUUAUAGCGGAGAGGCAAUGGUUUGUGAUGAAGAUCAAGAACUCCUUUACGGCCUUGAUGCUGCUACAUUUCUAGAUGCUACACCAGCAGGAGAUUGUGACAUGCUUGACGACAUUUUUGAGGAAUACGAGCAGCUUCUUAAGGGAAAUGGCCCUGAUUCUCUCUUGACUUGACUGCAUCAUGCUCCUUUAAUCUGCCUACUGUAGUUAGUGUCAAAUAAAUUCUGAGCCCCCCCUCCCAAAAAAAAAGAAAGAAAAAAGGUAGCCUAUUUAGAUUGUAGUAUAUAUAUUAGUCUUUUUAAAGUUGCCGUUCUGAUUGUCCAAAUUCAACCAAAUUUAUA